AAAACUUCUUUAGCUACUGGAUUUCUGCGCUGAGCUCUUGCCAAAGCAAUUACAGCAUUGUCAACCCUCCCCGCCCCACGCUGGCGAGGUGUGCCCUGUGGUGACACGCAGCGUGUGUGACACAGCCCGUGUGCGCCCGCGGCGGGCGGCGGCGGAAGCUGCCUGCCUGGCAGCCGACCUCGAGGCAUUAGAGAGGAGGAAAGACACUGCGCAGACCGCUCCCGCGGCGCUGCAGGCAGAGGGGGGCAGCUCCUUCGGCCACCUGUCAGCAGCCCUCGCCGUGGCCGGGAACUGGCCGCACUGGGCGGCGGAGGGUGGCGGGACCGUCCCGCGGUGCCCGCGCCUCCGGCCCCGCCGGCCAAGGGCCGACCGAGGGUCUCCGUCAGGCUCCUGGGCCGCCUCUGCUGCGGCCCUUCAGGCGCACCAGAAGGCCGCCACAGCUCCCGCGGCGGCGGCACCCGCACCCGCUCCCGCCCAGCCGCCGCCGCCGCUGCCGCUGCCGCCGCCGCCGCCUUGGCGUGUCUGGUUCCCACGGUAACAACCUCCCCGCCCCCGGCCAAUCAUCAGCGCCCGCGGGGGCGGGACUUCCUGCCGCUCCCCAGAUGAGGCGGGACUAGCCGUGCGCCCGGCGUUCUUCACCAGCAGAUUUUAAAUGCUAAAGGAAGAUGGCUUUCUUCCCCAAAAUAUCCUUUCAAUGUGAAGUUGAAGAAUAUCUCAGCAAAGUGUUCAGAAAUAGUGAGCUUAUAACUGCUUUAGGUACACAGGAGGCAGAGAGUAGAUACCAAUCUCUGUUAAGUCAUCUGUCUCAUCCACCAGCUUUCACAACUGUUAGAGUAAAUACACACUUGGCCUCCGUGAAACAUGUGAAAAAUUUACUAUUUGAAGAGAUCCAGCAGCAAUUUAAAGGACUGUGUCUUCCAGUUCUUGAGCACCCAGAAAUCCAGGACAUUUUAUUAAUUCCUGUCAUUGGACCCAGGCGAGAUAUAAAGAAACAUGCAUCUGAAGUCAUUGUUGGAGCCCACUGUGGUUACGCUGUACUUCGAGGAGCACAUGUAUAUGUCCCGGGAAUCAUAUCUACCUCAAAAUGUUUGAAAGCUGGAGAUUUGGUCUCAGUGUAUUCAGAUAUUGAAGGGAAGUGUAAAAGAGGAGCGAAAGAAUUUGGAGGAAACAAAGUUUUCCUUGGAAAUGGGAUUUCUGAACUGAGUCGCAAUGAAAUCUUCAGUUCAAAUGGCCGAUUGAAUGGGAUGGGCAUAAGAAUGAUAGAGCCAGUCUACCUUAGUCCUUCGUUUGACAAUGUGCUCCCUAGUCAUUCGUUGUUACAGAACUUGCCUUCUGUGGUUGUGAGCCAUGUUUUAAACCCUCAGCCAGGAGAGAGAAUUUUGGACAUGUGUGCUGCACCUGGAGGAAAAACAACACAUCUUGCAACGUUAAUGCAUGACCAGGGCGAAGUAAUAGCUAUGGACAAGAUAGCCAACAAGGUGAAAAAAAUUAAGCAGAAUGCUGAAUUGCACCAGUUGAAUUGCAUUAAGGCCAUUUGCUAUGAUGGAACAAAGGCGCUUUCAGUUGAGAAGGGAGAGGAUGAACAAGAAGGUCCUCCCUUUUUACCAGAGUCAUUUGAUCGAAUUCUUCUUGAUGCUCCAUGUAGUGGGAUGGGGCAAAGACCAAACAUGGCUUAUUCUUGGACUCUAAGGGAAGUGACCUCUUAUCAACCACUGCAACGCAAGCUUUUCACUGUGGCAGUGAAAUUGCUGAAGCCAGGAGGUGUUUUAGUAUAUAGUACAUGUACAAUUACACUUUCUGAAAAUGAGGAGCAAGUUGCUUGGGCCCUGGAAACUUUUCCAUGCCUCCAGCUUCAGCCACAGGAACCUCAUAUUGGAGGAGAAGGCAUGAGGGGAGCUGGGCUGUCGCUUGUUCAGCUGAAGCUGCUGCAGAGAUUUGAUCCAUCUGCUGUGACUUUGCAGGGAAUGGACAUUAAUUCUUUGCAAGAUUCCAGGGAAGAUGAUUUGAUUUCACUGGCAAAUAAGGACUGUAUAGGAUUUUUUAUUGCAAAAUUUAUUAAACUGAAUAGUAAAUAAGCAUUUAGCAAUACAACCUGAAAAAAUACCUUUGUGAGUCUAAGAACAGUUCAACUGUUAACUAUAUUUCUUACUGCUGCAACGUUGCCAAGCCAACAGACUGACGACACGGUUGCUGUGGUAGCAAUAAAAUCUGCCAGCUGUUCUGCUGGGAAAAAGCCACAGGUUGCAGAAAGAACGUCACAGCUGGGGGAGGGGUAGCAUCAUUUUUAAGUCUCCACUUGCUUUUGUAUUUACAGCAGGUCAGUGCAUGAAAGACAAGUAUGUUCAGUCAUCCUGUUGUCCGUUUUAUCUUUUACCAUGUUAGUAGCUCAUAUAGCACCACAAACAUAGGAACAGGGCUUCACAGGGAUAGGGGUGGGAGUUAAGCUAUCUUAUGAAAUGCAAUCAUAAAUAAAAUACACUGGAACUGUUAUUGCAGAUUUUGGAAAAGAUGGUUUCUGUGGAGGUUUAUCAAAACACUUCAUUAAAUAGUGCUAAAUGGAACACUAAUAUUUCACAAAGAACUGUUUUAUAAAUUGAUACUUAGAACCUCAUUUCUUUUUUAUUUUAAUACAAGCAAGAUGAUCUGUACACAUAGUAUAUACACAAAAUACGAUUAGGCUUUGUAGCAUGUCUUUUAUAGCAGCAUGAAUAUAUUAAACCAUCUCACUCUGGGAAUGUAAAUAAAUAUUGUUUCAACAUCAAACUUCCCAUGCAUAAACUGUAUUGGUUCUGAAAUAGACUACUGGACUGGCUGACAAAUGACAGUUUUAAAAUCAAACAUUUGCAAUAGAAGGGGCAACAGUUGUGAUUAAUAUAUCAAGAGACAAAAAACAAUGCAUAAUACCAUCUGAAAUGUUGCAGAUUUACCUUUCAAACAACUUAGAAUAUUAAAUCUUUACUGGUGAGAAAGUUAUCACCUGCUAAAAUCAUAUGAAAAUUGAGACUGGGGAAGCAUAUUACUGAGAACUGACUUAAAACACUGAUCAAAUGUUUAAUAAUCUAAAUUCCAUAAAUUUGUUAGAUAUAUUUGAAAUUUCUGCUUCAGUUCCAGAGAUGUUUUCAUUUUUAACAGUAUUUUUUUCACCGGAACUGGCAAUAGCACUAAAAUUGGGGAGAAAAAGGUAAGUACAAUUCAAAAACCUAAACUGACUAUUUUUGUCACUGAUCAAAUUCUAGUUUUUAAAAGCAUUAUCUGAAAAACUUCUUUCUUUUGGCAUAGAAUUAUUUGGUUUCAUUUAACAGAAUGAUAUUAAUUUUAUAACUCACUUUUACUAAACUGUUUCCUGUCAUUGCAUUUGUUUGUAAUCAAAACAAUUUAUACAAUUCUGUAUCUCAGUAGUCUGUUUAUUUACUUGUAUUUGUAUAAAUAUUUUGAUACAGAG